GCGGUGGUGGAGGCGGCAGCCAGUGCUGCGGAGGAGGCGCAGCAGCCACCAUGCAGCCGCCCCCCAGGAAGGGGACCUAUGCCAAGUUCCUCACGAAGUUCCACUCGGAGCAAGUGACAAAGCUGCAAGCCAAGAACCAGCAUGAGUGUGACCUGCUGGAGGACAUCCGGAACUACACCCUCAAAAGAUCAGCAAUCGAGAAGUCAUACUCUGAGGCGCUGCUUAAGAUCUCAUCGGCAUACCUCAAUAAGAAAAUCCCCAACAUCCCAGACAUCAAGACAGAAGGCGGUGAAGAAAAAUGGAACAUGUGGAACGUGUGGCGCACGGUACUUGAGGAGAACGAGAAGUUGGCACGCGCGAGGUUGGCAGCCGUGGAGGUAUUUCACCAGCAGAUAGCGGACGACGCUAAGGUGCUACGGUCGCAGAAGGUCCAGAACGCCAAGAAGUCCAUCGACCAGCUGGUAGUCGUGCAGAAGGAGCUGCAGCAGUGCGUGCAGGAUGUGGAUAAGACCAAGAAGCUGUACUUCGACGAGGAACACAGCGCGCACGACGUCAGGGACAAGGCCAAGGACAUCGAGGAGAAGUUAAAGAAAAAGAAGGGUUCGUUCUUCCAGUCAAUUACAUCACUUCAGAAGAACAGUGCAAAGGUCUCAUCGAAACGCGAGCAGCUGGAAGAAAAGUCUACAGGGGCGCGUAACGACUACCUGCUGAGCAUAGCCGCUGCGAAUGCCCACCAGAACCGCUACUUCACCAAGGACCUGCAGAACACAAUGGUGUCGAUGGAGAACCGCGUGUUCGAGAAGGUGGCCGACUACUUGUCGCUGAUUGGCCGCACGGAGCUGCUGACCUGCAGCGCCACGCAGACUUCCUUCACCCGCAUCCGGGACCAAGCGCAACAGCUGACGCGCGAGUACAACCUGCAGUGCCUGUACCUGUUCUACCCGGUGCUGAAGCAGCACAUCCAGUACGAGUUCGAGCCGUGCGAGAACGACAGCAUCGACAAGGUGACGGCCGACCACUCGUCGGCGCAGCAGCAGCUCAGCAAGGAGGCCAAGCGCUGGGCCACGCGCAUCGCGCGCGACAAGCAGAACGUCGCCGAGUACGAGAGGCGCCUCGUGGCGCUGCAGGCCCUGCGCGACCAGGGGCAGAAGGUCGAUCCAAACGAUGUAAAUGGACCAGAUCUGGAAACGAAAAUCGAAGACCUGAAACACAGCAUUAGAAGGUCUGAGACUUCCAAGGUGAAAGCAGAAGCUCGCAUAGAGUGCUUGAGAGCAGGGGGAGUGAACGUGGACGAGUGGCUGCAGGAGGCUGACAGCCUGAGCGUCCAGGACAUGCCCCGCUCCGCCAGCUCGCUCUCCAUGCGGACGGACGGCGGCUCGGGCCAAGGGGAGGCGGCGGGCUCGGACUCGCUGUACGACAGCGACGUGGACGCCAGCGGCUCCGAGGUGACGGCGGUGGAGCGCGGGGGCCGCGACGAGGAGGCGGAGCGCCAGGAGGCCGCCGAGGUGGACGGUGAGUGGGCCAUGGUGGAGGCGGAGCGGCAGCGGCUGGAGCAGCUGACGGCGGGCUGGGACGACCCCACCAACGUGGACUGGGGGCCGCCCGACGACAGCGAGCCGCCCCCGUCCGCGGGGGCGGACUCUGCCGGCACGGAGCACGACGCGGAGGCCAUGAGCGCACAGGACGCCGAGCCACGCAUCUUCCCGCCGGGGCAGACCUUCAAGUGCAUCGCACUCUACAACUACACGGCGCAGAACGCGGACGAGCUGAGCAUCGUGGAGAACGAGCAGCUGGAGGUGGUGGGCGAGGGCGACGGCGACGGCUGGCUGCGGGCGCGCAACUACCGCGGCGAGGAGGGUUUCGUGCCGCAGAACUACCUAGACGUCGAGCAGACGGCCAGCGCCGCGGGCGCCGCCUUCGAGCUGGCGCAGCAGAUCUCUUUCAGCUCCGUGGACUACACGCUCGACGACGACACCGCCGUCGUGCCCGAGGACGAGAUGCAGCACCAGCAGCAACACGCGUCCGGCUACUGCGUGGCACUGUACGACUACGAGGCGACGUGCGAGGACGAGCUGACGUUCAGCGAGGGCCAGGUGAUCCGCGUGCUCAGCAAGGAGCCGCACAGCGUCGACGACGGCUGGUGGGCCGGCGAGAUCGCCGGCACGGGCCAAGCCGGCCUCUUCCCCUCGCUCGUCGUCGAGGAAUGCCGCGAGGACGGCGAGCCGCUCACGCCGCCGGCGGACGACGAGGCUCCCAGCUCGGCGCCGCCGGUGUUCACGCCGCCGGACGUGCCCAGCUUCCUACUGGCCCCACAGACGGUCGUCACGCAGCCCACGCCAGAAAUCGAGAGCUCAGCGUUCUCCAUGCAGAUGACGGGAGCACAGCACCAGCAGUACGGGUCGCAGUUCUCUGGAGGCCCGCCCUCUAUCGUCACGGGACCUGAGACCAUUGGAGGAGAAGACGUGCCAAGCGUCAUGGUGCAGGUAACAGAUGAGGCUGGGGAAGAAUCCGGCACCGGCCUGCCGGUGGAGGCGGCAAGCAGCGGCCCCGAAGCUGGUGGCGAAUCCUCGGCGUGUGAGCCGUCGGCGCCGCCCACCACCCUGCCCGGAGUCGGCAUGGGCGGUGGCCUGGGCGUCGCGCAGAUCGUCAUCACCGCCGCCACGCCCACCAUCGAGGAGCCCGAGCAGCCCUUCCCGCCCCCGCCUGAGCCGGACAGCGCACCCGACGACGACGAGGAGCCGCCCACAGGCGAGACGGUGGCGGAGGCGCAGCUGGACGACGAGAUGCCGACCGACUCGGCGCCGUUCCCCGCCUCGAGCAGCACGGCCAGCGACGAGGACGAGUCGCUGUCGGCCCCCAGCACGGCAGACAACAGCACGCAGGCCCCCGUCAAGCAGCAAGAGGAGGAGGAGGAAGAGUGCGCGGUGCCCCCGAUGCGUCAGCCGCUCGGAGGCCGCGCGUCCAUCCCUGACGAGCUCGAACCCCACCAGCUGGCGCAGCUGCAGGACCUCAAGGAAUCCAACGCGUAGGCAGACGGCAAGGUCCGCCUCUUCGCCCGGGAUCCAGCUAACGCUGCUUGUCACUACACUGUGUGUUCGCCCUUUCUCCAAACACACAACACAGACGCGAGUUCGGCCGAAACCUUGCAGACAUAUUCCGGCGCAACGACCCUUACGAUGCCACCUCCACGUCUGCGCGAGUUAUCACACUUCUCCUCAUCUACUCCACCAUACAUCUCUCUAGAAAGGGCCAUUACUUCCUUCUCUCCUAUCUUAUUGUCUCACACCCCUUGCAGCGGACAUUUCCAGCUCCAGUGUCCCACUGUUGCAUACCAACCCUUCGUCCAGCUAUCACACUGUACAAAUCAGAGUACAAGGGCAACGUUUGCGUCCUGGGGUGUUGCACUCUUUCAGCUACGGAGCAGUGCUUAUGCUUCUUGGGGCAAUACGUUCCACAAAUACGACUUCUUUCUGACCUCUAACAUAUUGGGAUUUUUAUUGAUGUAACCUCCCUCUUUGACAAUACAGUUACGAAGCUUAGUGAGUGCUAAGACACAUUCUAAAAGGGUACCGGCAUCUAAUCCAAUUUGUGAUAAUGUUUUUAAUGCCCACGGCAUUGUGAAAGAUAGGCGAAAGGCGAGCGAAUUCGGAAGAACCUACACAGGCUUCAGUUUUGAAAUAUUGUUACCGCAAGCUCGCUGUUUUUCCGUAUGUACAACACGGAUGGACAAGGACGAGAGGGAUCCAGGUAGGAUUUUGCGACUGCAGUAAACACCUGCUUCCCACUGGACGAAACUGUGACGACAUUCAGUGCUUCGUGCGUGCAUAAUCUAUAGUGAUUUCUUUCAUUUCGGAGGAAACUCGAUCGACAGAUAACAUUUUGUUUGACACUAGUUUGUUUUCAACACUGCGAGACGUCACACGCAAUUCCUAUUCUAUAUUCUUCCAGAAAAAAAAACCGUAGUUACUUCCUCACUACUCUGUUCACAGGUACCAUGUUACUAUUUGUGUACUGUCGACCAAAUAUUCUUCCCGGCCAGCAAAAGACUUCCCCCUUUGGGAUGUAAUGAAUAUUGAUAGCAGAUAAUUUUACUGAUUUUUUCUCUCAGUGCGGAACUAAACACCGUCCGUGAAGCAGAACACCAAGGUCACAUCAUGUACUAAUUCCCUAAACUACGACUGCCAAUCUAAGCGAAUAACCCCAGAAGUUUCAGGGACUUCACACGCAAUGUCUUAUUGCGUUACUCGUAAGAGAACUAAAUAGGCAGCGCACUGUCAUGACACGAUUUAACAUGCGGCUACAUUUGGCCGGAAAUAUACAAAUAACCUUGCCGUCUGCCUAGCAAGUAAAAGUGCUCAAUGAUCUUUGCGGACGGAAGCCCGCAUGUUAAGACGGCGCUCCGUCUGCAGGAGGGGUUUAAAAAAAAAUAUGGGAACAACAUUUGAAGAAGCACACUGAGUAAAAACCAAUUGAGGAACUGGUGUUUUUAUUUUCUAAAUCUGCUUGUUAGUGGUUUCUGUGCUAAGCUGGUUACAACAUGGACAACUUGCAACAGCGAGUCAAGCGUCAAUUGUCAAUUGCCGU